AUGGGGAAAAGUUCUGAGAGCACCCCACUCCCAACACCAGCAGUCUCCACUGAAAGUGAGAAGAAGAGGCAAGAUGACAAGGAGGUGUUUGGGAGCAUUCUGAGUAACCUAGAGAAAGAAGGAGGUUUACCCGAGGCUGGGGUUAUGUACCAACCACUGCUUACGGAGGAGGUGAUGGUGGAGGAGACAGAGAAAGUGGUGGAAGAGGAGACAAGGAGAAGCACUCUGGUCAUAAUGGAUCCUAAGGAAACUACGCAAGUAGAAUCCUAUGAAGGACCCAUCAGAGUCGCAUUGGAGGAAGUCGCGGCAGAGAAGCAACUUGAAGAGGCUGAAGAGAAGAAGAAGAAGAAGAAGAAGAGCAAAGGAAAGAAGAUUGGAAAAGGUGAGCCAUCCCAUCAUCGCAAAGCAGAGAAGAAAAUCAAAGAGAAGGAGGAUGAAGAAGAUGAAGAGGCCAAGUUAAAGAAGAAGCAAGAAAAAAGUGAGAGAAAAGAGCGCAGGCGUGAGGAAAGGCGCCUGAAGAAAGAAGAGGGUUAUAAGCCUAGAAAAGGAUGGAAAAUCGACCUCCAUAAGGGAGGACAAGGGUGA